AUGGGAAGCGAAGAGGACCCGGUGAAGAAGACUCAGGUGGUGAAUGCCCGGGCUCGAAACAUUAGUCACAAUGUUCGGUGCACUGAGUGUGGAAGCCAGUCCAUUGAAGAUUCACAAGCAGAUAUUGCCAUCUUGCUUAGAAAGUUAAUUCGUGAUGAGAUUCAUGCUGGGAAGAGUGACAAAGAGAUUUAUAAGAAGCUUGAAGAGGAUUUUGGGGAGACAGUACUUUAUGCCCCAAAGUUUGAUAUGCAGACUGCAGCCUUGUGGCUAUCACCGCUUCUGGUUGCCGGUGCUGCUGCAGGAAUUUGGGCUUAUAAAAAGCACAGACAAAAGACUAAUGUCCACAUCAUGGCGCUGAACCUUGUUAGAGGUGUUCCAUUAACCCCAAACGAGAAGCAAACCAUGUUAGACCUCCUCACACCGCCGCCUUCACGAGGAAAUAUUCCUUCCUCGUGGUGGAGGAGGUGGAGAGAACAAUGA